UGCGGUGUUUACCCAGGCACAGCCCCCCAGCCCAGGGGCGGGGGCUGAGCAGGGGGAUAAAAGGACCUGAAGUCCUCAAAGAGGCACCGCAGUCUUCAGUUCUGCUCUGCCACUGCCAUGAAACGUCUGUGGGUCGCGGCGCUGCUGCUGCUCUGUUUGUGCCAUGUGGGGGCCGCGGCCGUGCCCCAAACCGAAGACCCCCCGGAGACCCCCCCAGACACCACCACCCUCCUGAGCCGCCACUUCCAGACCCUGAGCGACUUCAUCACCAAAGAGCUGCCCCAGCGCCUGCGGGCGGACGAGAUCCAGCAGCAGGCCAAGGCUUAUGCUGAGCGUGCAGAGGUGCAGCUGAGGCCUUUGGCUCAGGAGCUGCGCAGCAACGUGCUGGGGCUGUUCUCCUCCCUUCUGGAUUUGGGGAAAAUUGGGGGCACGGAGAAGGACCGAGCCCCAUAGGAAGGGGACCGAGCCCCAUAGGAUGGGGACCGAGCCCCACAGUGAUGAUAUGGGGGGAAUAAAACAUGGAGC